AUGGGGCAGGAUGGGGCGCUUAAAACUCAACUCAUGACAUGGUGCAGGAAACAGAGAAUUAAUCAAAUGGCGUUGGAUGUUUGCGGCAGGUUAAGGUCAUUUGACCUUAACCAAGAACCUGAGUGUGACCGAGACACAUUCAUUGAAGAAAGCGGUGGUUCAAUAGGAGGACACGAAGAUGAGGAGGCAGAUGAAUUGGUGGGCGCAAUAGGCGUGGAUGACGUAAUGAAAUUAACAUUUGACACGGAAGAAGAAGCUGGGGAAUUCUAUAAUUUGCAUGCGAAACUAAGCGGAUUUGGGAUUCGUAAAAGUAAUGCCAAACGAGAUGCAGAUGGCAUUUCAAGAUUUAGAAAAUGGGUAUGUUGCUGUGAAGGUUACAGGAAUGAAAAGUGGUUUAAUUAUGAAGACCGGAAAAGAGAAGCAAAACCAAUCACAAGAACCGGGUGUGGGGCUUGCUUUCGCGUGAAAUAUGACAUAGAAUCGGUAAAGUAUGUGGUGAUACGUUUCAUUAUGGAGCACAAUCACCCGCUGGCAUCAGAGGCAAGUGUGCAACAUAUUAGGUCGCAUAGAAAAGUGAGCGAUGCAGAAUAUGCGCAGGCAAAAAGUCUAAAGUUGGUUGGGGCCAGAAUAUGCCAGAUAAUGAAACAUUUUGUUAUCAAAGCCGGAGGGUAUAGUAACGUGGGAUUUUGCAUUAAGGAUUUGUAUAACCGAAUGGACGAGGAACGUAGAAAAGAUAUUUUUAAUGGCGAUGCAGAAGGGGCACUUGGGUUCUUGGCAGCGAAGAAGGAUGCCGAUGACAUGUUCUUUUAUAAAUAUCAUGUAGAUAACGAAGGAAGAUUGGCAAUGUUGUUUUGGGCAGAUUCUAAAUCUCGUGCGGACUUCAGUGUAUUUGGAGAUGUAUUGGUGUUUGAUACAACAUACAAAACAAAUAAAUACCGCAAGCCACUAGUUGUACUUGCAGGGGUAAACAACCAUUUGAACAGUACUGUUUUUGGCUGUGCACUGCUAUCAGAUGAGAGGAUUGAAACAUAUGAAUGGGUGCUAAGUACAUUUGUAGAGGCUAUGAAAGGUAGAAAGCCAGUAGCAGUGAUGACAGAUGGGGACAGUGCAAUGAGAAGAGCUAUAAAGAAUCUUCUCCCGGAUGCUUGUCACAGGCUAUGUUCGUGGCACUUGCAUAGAAAUGCACGGAGUAAUAUUCGCUGUGAGGAGUUUAAUAACAGGUUCUAUAACCUGAUGGCGAGAAAGUGUAGCACUCUUGAGUUUGAGGAUCGGUGGGCUAGGUUGGUUAAUGAAUGUGGGGUGGUAGAGAAUGAGUGGGUGAAGAAAUUGUACCGUAGGAGAAGGUAUGAGAAGUACUCAAAGGUGUGA